AUGUCUGGCGGCUGGAACCCCGUCACGGGCCGCGACAACUACGGCGGCCGUCCCAGCUUCGCGCCCCAGGGCGGCGGCCCCAUGCCAGCCCAGGGACAGGCCUACAUCCCGCACCUCGGCGGCCCGGGCUGCUACAACCUUGGUAUGGUCCCCCAGUACGCCGGCUACUACCCAGGCAUGGCCGCUUACGGUGGUGGAUACGUUCCAGCGGCAGCACCCACCAACUUCUUCCCCCCGCAGGCUCCCAUCGGCGGCGGCGGCGGCGGCGGCGGGAUGCCCAUGAUGGCCGGCCCGCCCCCGCCGCAGCCCACCUCCGGCUUCUACGCCCAGCAGACGUUUUCCUGCCAGCCCAACGGCACCGCCAACGUCCUCCCUCGUCAGCCGCAGCCGUACCCCGUCAUCGACCCGACCAUGCCCGCCGCGCACAUGACCAACAGCUCCGGCGGGGUCGGCUGCGAGCCCGGCUACAACUACUUCUUCCCCGCGGAGCACACCAAGGCGCACGUCUUCAAGACGAGCACCCCGCCCUGGCAGCUGCCGCCCACCGCGCAGAUCCCCUUCAAGGCGGCGCACAUCCCCUGCACCACCACCAUGGCGGAGCUGCUCAAGGGCUUCGGGUGCACGAACCCAGUGGCCAAGAAGAACAAGUGCUUCGAGGUGAUUGGCGGCGGGAGCGGCAAGUGGUACAAGGGGCUGGCGGUGUGUGGUGAUGACAAGGACAUGCUCAAGAAGACCGUCAAGGAGGUCGGCUGGGACAUGACGAGGACGGGCAACCCGCACGAGAAGCCGAUUGUGUGUCUGUGGUUCUGCAAGGAUUGA